ACGUCAAGUUUGCGCGCUCAAAACACUGGCACUGGUGAAAUUCCGUGCAGCGCGUAACUACGGUUUUUAGUUUUCAAUCAGUGAUCUAUUUUUGUUUUAAUUUAAAAAUUGUGUUUGCAUCUUUUAUCUGGUAGUGAUGAAGUGCCAAAUUCCUGAAAUAUCGUGGCACAAUCGUGAUCCAGUGCUGAGCGUUGACAUACAACCAAAAGCGGCAACCGACAAGAGUGACUUCUACCGGCUGGCCUCCGGUGGCACGGAUACCCAUGUUUUGAUUUGGUAUAUGACUCAGAAUGCAGAUUGUGGAACAAUUUCACUGGAUAUUGUUGCCGAUCUGGCUCGCCAUCAACGAGCUGUUAAUGCAGUGCGAUGGUCUCCGAAUGGAGAACUGCUAGCGUCUGGAGAUGAUGAAAGUGUUAUCUUCAUUUGGAAGCAGAAGGGCGAAACCGAGGUACUCAACAUUGUCGAUGCAACCAAUGAACAGGACAAAGAGAUUUGGAUCACAUUGAAGAUACUUCGUGGUCAUAUGGAGGAUGUGUACGAUCUGUGCUGGUCACCGAAUUCGAUGUACUUGGUCAGUGGCUCCGUGGACAACACGGCCAUGGUUUGGGACGUCAACAAGGGUAAAUCACAGCACAUCUUUUCCGAUCACAAAGGUUUUGUACAGGGUGUUGCUUGGGAUCCGAAAAAUCAGUACCUGGCCACACUUAGCACCGACCGGUAUUUUCGGGUGUUUGAUUUGCACUCGAAAAAAGUGCUAACCAGAAGCAACAAAAGUCUGCUGCCAGUGGGAAAGGAUUCACCCUUGCACGGGCAUACGAUUCGCUUGUAUCAUGACGAUACACUGCAGACUUUCUUUCGUCGCUUGAGUUUCAGUCCAGAUGGAAAUUUGAUUGUUACACCGGCUGGUGUGGCGGAGAUUCCCGGUGUCCCCAAACCACUCAAUACGACCUAUAUUUACACAAGGAACUCUUUGCGACAGCCUUCAAUUACUCUACCAUCACCCGAUCAGUACACGGUAGCGGUUCGAUUCUGCCCUCGCUAUUUUAAGCUGCGACCUCACCCCGACAAUAAACCGCCUGUAAUACCCCUGCCGUACAGAAUGAUCUUUGCUAUCGCUACCAAAAGUUCCGUUUACCUGUACGACACUCAACAGAAAUCGCCAUUUGCUUUGAUAUCAAACAUACACUACACUCGCCUGACGGAUUUGUCUUGGUCGGGAGAUGGUAAAAUUCUAAUUGUUUCAUCAACUGACGGUUUUUGUUCGCUGAUAUCGUUUACCGAGGCUGAAUUAGGUGAGGUUCAUGUGUUAGAGUCGACGGAAGAGUCGGCAGGAGUGGAGAAGGAAAAGACCCCUGUGAAAAAGGCAACUGCAGGCAGAAAAAAAUCCAAGGAUGGAAAAGAUGACGAUAAGGAAAAGAAGGAUUCCAAGUUGGAACCUGUUAUAGAAGAAACAGUCGUAGCAGCGGCGAAGGAAGUUGAGAUUGAAAGCAAAUCGAGCGCGGACUCACAAAAAGAUGUAAAACCAGCACAACCUAUCGCUUUUCGGCGAAAACCGAAGGAUGAGACAGAUAAAAAGGUGGAUGAAACAGACAAUAAGCCAAAGCCAAUAGAAAUUCGGCGUAAACCAAAACCGGAUGAAAAAGAAGAAAAACCUGCCCAGCCGAUCGCUGUAAAACGGAAGCCAAAAGAAAGUGAAUCCUCCAGUGUUAGUCCAGAAACGAAAGACACUGAAUCCCGAAAACGACCGCGAUCCAACAGUGCCGAAAAGAAUGGCCAACCUGAGGACGCCAGGUCAUCCGUAGCAGUUCGCCGAAUUGCACUGGAAAGCGGUGAUUCGAAGGGAGGAAUAAUCGUUAAAGAAAUCCCCCCCGUAAAAACACCAGACGAAAAGAUUGUCCAACCAGCUAAGGAAAUCAUCAUCGAGGCUGAGAAGAUAAUUAGCAGUGAGGAAAAAUUUGAGAGUCCGUCUAAGACUAAUCGUCCAGCGACUCCGAUCGCUGUUCGGCGUCAUCCACGAACGCCAUCCUCUGGCGUUUCGGAACACUCGGAUCGUGAUUCAUCCACUACCCCGAAACCGGCUGUGAAAAAAGCAGCAACCCCAAUCGCUGUGCGGAGGCAACCACGCUGUUUGGCCCCGGAGCCAGAACGCCCCCGUACGGUUAAACCCUCCAGCAUCGAAGAGGAUGCUGUGGAUACCUGGCCUAUCGAUCAACCUAAACCGGAGCUCAAAUCCUGUGCUUCCUCUCAUGCUGAAUGUGAACAGACCCGAGAUAUAAAGCUGGUAGUUUCGGAUGACGAUGAAGAUGACAAGGAGUCUGAGGAGGCAACCACAGCUCCCGCCGUGGUGACGACUCCCAAGACUCCCCGGCGGGUGGAGUUCCGCACCAUUUCAACGCCGAAAUCCAAGAAGAAGCUGCUAUGAAAAUUUCGGCGAAUAUCGCAUUCUUUUCAAAUAUAAAUAUUUUUUUAUUGAAAAUAUAGAUUUUUUG